CUGCUUACAAUAUCAGUUCAGAAGCAGUUACCGGCAAUGAUUCGCGCAAAAUAACAAUAGAAAUUGAAAAAAUAAUCGUUCAUUCAGAAUAUAGUGAUUCUAAUGCCUUUAUCAACAAUAUUGCCCUAGUGAAACUAGUUGCGCCUGUAGACGUAGCCGGCAACCCUGAUUUAAACACAAUUUGUGUACCAACGCUUAGAGCACACAAAAUUAAAAAGUAUGGCCAAAGGCGCGUUAUACCCGUAAAUGUGGCAUGGGAACCAAAUGAAAAGAAUGAUGCUAAAUCUGAAUUAUUGCAAGAAUUGGGCUCUACCAUAGUACCAAAUAAAGAUUGCAUGAAAAAAUAUAACAUAGAUCUGAAAUAUAAACAUCAAUUAUAUUGCAUGAAUGCUUGCUUGGGUUACGACGGUGGCGCGGUAGAAUUUAUUAAUCAUCAACCAUCUGAUGACAAAUAUCCGUGGACUUUGUUGGGUAUUGCUUUUCCCAAGGGUAGCAACCCUGACAACUCUUGCUGUGUUUAUACUUCUGUGGAAUACUAUUCUGAUUGGAUUUGGAAAACCAUUCAACAAAAUAUUUGA